CCACUUUUCUUUUCUUUUUCCAUUUUCAUAGUAUUCACUCAGGAAACCCAAGCCGAAUGAGGAAGACAACGACGAUCCAUCUAAUAACGAGAAGAAUACUACCUCUCACACUCAACCGACCAACAACAACAACAACCAUCAAACGACUACCAUCAUCAUACAGAAACUUCUCAAACACCCUCAGGAUGGCAGACCCAUUCACAGAAAUCCCAGCACAGGAUCAUCUACCAGCCUACUCAAUCCUAGACAGACCGAUCAUCAAAUCAGCCUCUGACAGCCGAUCCUAUCGAAUCAUCAAACUCCAGAAUCAUCUGCAGGCCAUCCUGAUCCAUGACCCAAAGACCGACAAGGCCGCAGCCGCCAUGGACGUCAACGUAGGACAUCUCAGCGACCCUCAAGACUUGCAAGGACUAGCCCACUUCUGCGAACAUCUACUCUUCCUCGGCAAUCAGAAAUACCCCAGCGAGAACGAAUACUCUGAAUAUCUCUCAAAGAACUCCGGUCACUCCAACGCGUACACGGGCAUGGAUAACACGGUCUACUACUUCGACGUCCAUCCAUCCGCACUCGAUGGCGCACUCGAUCGCUUCUCUCAGUUCUUCAUCUCCCCUACCUUCACCGAAUCUUGUACCGAACGCGAGAUACGGGCAGUCGACUCAGAAAACAGUAAGAACUUGCAGAACGACGCCUGGAGGAUCUUUCAACUCGACAAGGCAACCUCAUCCCCCAAUCACUCCUUCUGGAGGUUCGGCACCGGUAACCUCAAGACCUUAGUCGAACGACCUAAAGCAUUAGGACUCGAUAUCCGACAGGAAUUACUCAAGUUUUACUCAAAACAUUACUCCUCUAACGUCAUGAGCCUCGCCGUACUAGCCAAGGAACCUAUCGAAGAUCUCACCAAGUUGGUCGUCCAGAAAUUCAGCCUAGUACCCAACAGGAGUAUUAUCCCAGAUCGAUUCGACGGAUCACCCUACACUCCGAAAGAAUUAUCAAAAUUAAUCAUCACCAGGAUGGUUAAGGAUACCAACUAUCUCGAGAUCACCUUCCCUAUGCCCGAUCAAGCCCCCUACUACGAUACCCAACCUCUAGGAUUUAUCAGCCAUCAUAUCGGCCAUGAAGGUCCGGGAUCAGUCAUGAGUUAUCUCAAGAAGAUGGGCUGGGUCAAUACCCUCUCAGCCGGCGCCAGUGGUGGCGUCACCGGCUUCGACCUCUUCAAGAUCACUCUCGACCUCACGGCUAAUGGAUUAGAAAACUACAAGCAGGUCGUCCAGAUCAUUUUUGCCUAUCUAGAUCUCCUCAAGUCUACACCCCCGCAAGAAUGGGCAUUCAAAGAACAAGCACUCCUGUCUGAGACCCGAUUCAGAUUCAAAUCACCCUCACCCCCAUCAUCUUAUGUGACCAGCUUAGCCACUUGGCUCAGACGACCCUGUCCGAAAGAGAAAGUGAUCUCGAGCGUCUAUCUGACCGAUCGGUUCGAUGCCGAAUUGAUUCAAAAACAUCUAGAGUUGGUCAGGCCUGAGAACUGUCGGAUCUUGCUCGGUACUCAGACCGCCUUACCCGGGGUGACCUACGACUCGAAGGAACGAUGGUAUGGAACUGAAUACACCAUCCAACCCCUACCAGAAGGAUUUCUGAAACCCUCUCUGCCCGUCGACGCGCUCUCUCUACCCCCUCCUAACUCAUUCAUCUCCACUAACUUUCACGUCGAUAAACCUGAUCAGCCGGUCCUUAUACCCACUCGAAGACCCACUUGUCUCAGAGAUGAUCAGUUUGGUCGGGUUUGGCAUAAGAAAGACGACCGUUGGUGGUUGCCUAGAGCUAGUGUAAUUUUGAUGCUACGAAAUCCGAUCACCAAUUCGAGCUGUAUCAAUUCACUCAAGACAUACUUCAUCUCUAGACUAUUAAAAGACGCAUUAAACGAAGAAUUGUAUGAAGCAGAAAUUGCCGGGUUAGGAUAUGAAGUAGGAAGCAUAUGGGAUGGGUUGGUCUUCAAUGUGGAUGGAUACAACGAGAAGUUAGGACACCUGAUGGAGACGAUCUUGAGAGGAUUGAAGGAGAUGAAGGUCGAUCGACAACGGUUUGAGAUCCUGAAGAAAGAAUCCGAACGCGCCUGGAAGAACUUUAUCCUCGAGAGUCCCUAUUCACAUGCAGCUUAUUGGAUGGGCUCGAUCGUUUCGGAGGUCCAUUACAGCUACGAGGAGAAGCUAGAUCUAUUGGCGGAGUUGAAACCGGAGGAGAUCGAGGCAUUCAUCCCGGAGGUCUUAGGACGCGGGUUUGUGGAGAGUUUGGUGCAUGGAAACAUGACUGCGGAGGAGGCGCUCUCGAUCUCGACUCUUCCGCAAGAGAUCUUUGGGCUGGGAUCGGUUGCGGCUGGGGAGCUGAAACCGGUACGCCCCAAGCUGAUCCCACAAGGCUCCAACAUCGUCUACCAGCGGCCCUUGGCCGACCCGUCCAACGUCAACAGCGCCGUGGAUUACAUGAUCGCCGUAGGCGAUAUGGCGGAUGAUCAGACCCGUGUCAAGCUCAUGUUGCUCGCCCAAAUGGUCCAGGAAUCCUGCUUCAAUCAGCUUCGGACUAAGGAACAGUUGGGAUACAUCGUCCGCUCCUAUACCGCUAUGGCCCCCGGUCAAGCCGGCCUCAAAAUCCUCAUCCAGUCCGAACGCGAUCCCAUCUUCGUCGAAUCCAGAAUCGAACACUUCUUGGAUUGGUUCCUUAAUCAUAAACUCCUUAAAAUGACCCCCAAUGAGUUCGAAGAAAUGAAAACUAGUUUGAUUAAUAAAAUCGUCGAAGAUUUCAAAAAUAUGUCGGAUGAGACAUCGCAUUAUUGGAUGCACAUCAAAGCGGGUUACUAUGCCUUUGAACAACGAUUUCUGGAUGGCGCGUUGAUCAAGAAGAUCAGUAAGGAGUCGAUGGUCGAGUUUUACCGGGCGCGGGUGUUGCCGAGUUCGGCGUCGCGAGCCAAGUGUUCGACGCAGAUCGUCUCCUUGCAUGUUCCGGUACCUUCUCAGGUCCUGAAUGGUUUGCAUUCUGGAGGGGCUGAUCAAGAUAAGAAGGAAGGUGUUGUGGAUGAUGAUUCUCAGGAGGAGGAGGAGGGAGAGGAAGAGAAAGUUGGAGAAGAAGAGAAGAAGGAGAUGGUUGAUCCAGAACUCCGCUUCGAGCCCACCCCGGCAGACCUGACCUUCCUGCACUCGAAGCCGGACCGAGCCUCGCUACUAAGCUACAUGGAAACCAAGAAGAAGAAGGAGGAGGAGGAGGCUAAUGUGGACCAACUGGACCGGCUGAUCAAGCAUCUCACUCUCUCCCUCGACCAGCUCGACCAGCAGGUCUUGGAGACCAAUCGGGCCGUCAACCUCCUUCCGUCGCCACAGAUCUACACCGAUAUCGUCGCGUUGAAAGAGGCCUUGGACGUCGGCGUCGGCGCGGUACCUGUCAAGAACUGGAAGGCGGAACCGGCCCUGAUCGAUCUUUCGUCCCCUCCUUCGUCCCCUAAUCCUAAACUCUAAGCCUGCUCUCCCUCUCAUCAUUCUUACCUGUUCAUUGCCUCGUUUGUGUAGUACUUCAUUUCCAGUCCUCCUCAUCUUCCCCCACUCUUCUUUGUUUAAUAACUGACCCCCCCCCCAAAAAAAAACAAAAAACAAUCCCCUUUCGGUUUUGUCUUGUUCACAUUGUUUUGUACAUACAUGUAUAUAUAUAUGUGUGUGUGCAUAUAUUUAUGUAUAUAUGUAUAUAUUAGAUGUGUUAGAUGGAUGCUCAUACUAUAGAUCGAUAGAUGAAUAUUUACGUAAUUUGAUAAUUUGAUAGAUCAAUAGAUUGAUAAAUGGACAAGUGGAUAGA